AUGCAUACCACCUGGCUAACAUUUACAAUACUUGGUGCUGCAGCCAUUGUUCAAACAGCACUUGACUUCAAUUAUCAUAAUUACAGUCAAAUGACAAUUUUUUUACAAACAAUCGCAGCACAAUAUCCAACAUCAGCCUAUCUAUACAAAGUGGGCGAAUCUGAAGGAGGUCGUUCAUUAUGGGCUAUGGCUCUGAGUGCUUCUUCUCCAAAUGAACACCUCUUAUUACGACCAGAAGUGAAAUACAUUGGAAAUAUGCAUGGAAAUGAAGUUGUGGGUCGUGAAGUACUUCUUCAUCUCAUUGAAUAUUUGUUAACAUCAAAUGACGUUCAAGUACAAAAAGUAAUGACUUUAUCUCGAAUUCAUAUUAUGCCAUCGAUGAAUCCAGACGGAUUUGAGAUGUCUCAUAAUGGUGAUUGUGAUUCGGCUGUGGGACGCUAUACAAUCAAUGGUAUUGAUCUAAAUCGUAAUUUUCCUGAUUACUUGUCACAACCGUUAGAAUCAGAUAUAAUGGCAACUGAAACGAGCGCCAUUAUUAGUUGGUUACGUGACAUACCGUUUAUUUUAUCGGCAAAUUAUCAUGGUGGUGCAUUUGUUAUUAAUACUCCAUAUGAUCGAUAUUAUAAUGGUGGUUCUGCCGUGACAGACGAUGAUGAUAUCUAUAUGUCAAUUGCGCGCGACUAUGUGAAUAAAAUAACAGAUAUAAACGGAAUAUGUGAUAAAAACAAUGGUAUCCCAUCCCCGAGUCUUGUUACACGUGGGGCAGAUUGGUAUGAAAUUACAGGUUCUAUGCAAGAUUAUGGAUAUUUAAAUUACGGUACAAUUGAAAUGACGAUGGAAAUAAGUUGUUGUAAAUAUCCUCUAAGCACAUUGAACUUAUUAGAUGAUUAUUACAUUUACAAUCGAGAUGCAAUGAUCGAACUCUUAUUACAGGCACAAAGAGGAGUCAGAGGAUUUAUCUUUGAUCAAAAUAAUCAUCCUAUACCAUUUACACAGAUAAUGAUUGAUGAUAGACGACCACUUAUCGGUGUAACAGCUUUAGGAGAAUUUUGGAGAAUUCUUUUGCCGGGUAACUAUGUGUUAAAGGUCUUCUUUCGUGGAUACGAAGUAUAUCGUCAAUCAAUAACAAUAAUCGAUACUUUACCACUGAAUUUACCAAUAAUAAUUUCAAAUGCAAUAUUAAAUCAGUAUGCAGAUUUACCUCCGAUUGGAUUACCUAUUAGAUUUUCUUUAGUUGCACAUGGAGGAAGAGAUAAAACCAUAGCCGAAAUUACAGCGAAUUAUUCUUGGAUUCCAACACAUAUUUUACAAAUCGAUCUCAUUGACAUGAGAACACGUCCGGAUGUUGUGUCGGCUGAUGUUACGUAUUUGUGGAUAUUGAAUUGUGUCGACCACUUUUCGAAAUUUAGUUGGGCGUAUCCGUUGAGAAGUAAAUCCGCUGAUGAAAUUGCUCGUCGUUUAAAAGAGUUGUUUUUUGUUUUCGGUCCUCCACGUUUACUGCAUUCGGACAACGGCACUGAAUUUGUUGCUACGGUUAUCGUUGAAUUAAAGCAGUUGUUUCCAGAAAUGACGCUUGUGCGAGGUCGUCCGCGUCAUCCUCAAUCUCAGGGUUGUGUUGAGCGCGCGAGUGGAUUUUUGACGUCUGCAUUAGGUAAAUGGUUAUCGGUGAAUAACUCAACUAAUUGGUCAGAAGAGUUAUUAUCAGUUACUUAUGGUAUUAAUACUCGUGUAUCACAGACAACGAAAUGUACGUCUUAUGAAGUUUUGUUCGGGCAACGUCCACGAUCCGAUUCAGAAUUUUGGAAACUUGUGAGUGAGCAGAAUAUCCAACAUGAAGAUCAACUACCAACACCGAUUGAAGAAGACACAGACGGCGAAGAUGUUAUUGUUGAUGUAGCUAUAAAUCAGUCAAGUUCGGUUGUGCCUAUCGCUGUUGUUCAUAAACUGUUGAAUGUUUCAGAUGAAAAUUGUCUUCUUGAUUUGUCGUUUAUUCGUCCAAAUGAUUUUAUUGAUAUACCAGCAGUCGACAAUCUUCUGUUAGACGACAUGCUGAUCGAUAACUUAAUUUGGUUUGAUUCACCAACGCUGCCUCCACCUAUUUCUUCUAUCACAUCUCGUAUGCCAACUAGUCCAGUAUAUAAACUGAAUUUCAGUCCAUUAAUUCAAUCUAUUUCACCUGAAGCACCUGUUAUAAAAUCAGUUGUUGAGAAUCUUCUUGAUUCGAAUAUUUUUCUUGAUACACCUUCAUGGGUUGUUGAUAACCCAAUGACUUCGCCAUCUACAACGCCAUCCAAAUGUCAAGAAUUAGUUUCAAUUUUAAUAGAUAGCAAUAUUCAACUAUCUUUACCACCAUCUAAUACAAAACAUUGUCCAUGUAGAAAGUAUGGAAAGAAUGAAGCAAGGAAUAGAAAAGGCGUUGGUUCUUUACGGUUAUUAUGA